UAUAGAUGACUGCGUUUCCCGAUAGCCAAUGACAAAGAGGCAUGCGGUGUAAAAAUGACUUUCGAUUUACAAUCAGAUACCUUUCGGAGAAUAAAACUGUACACGGGUCGUGUUCGUCUGAAUUGAUUCCUUUAACAUGCUUGCAGGCCACGAUGAAGAAGAAGACGUUAGUGGUGUUUGAUUUUGAUCACACGCUGGUGGACAGGAACAGUGACACGUGGGUGAUCGGAUGCACGCCUGAGCGGAGCCUCCCUGCCUGGCUCGAGAAUUCAUACCAGAGAGGACGCUGGACCGAGUACAUGGGUCGAGUGUUUACCUACCUCGGAGAGCGGUCUGUCCCUCCGGACGCCAUACGGGAGCUCAUGCAGACGAUCCCGUUCACGGACGGAAUGAUCGAGCUGCUGAAGUUCAUCCGUCAAAACCAGAGCGACAUCGAUUGCAUUAUAGUCUCCGAUUCCAACACUCUGUUCAUAGACUGGAUUUUAGAAGUCGGCGACGUGACAAGCGCCAUCCAUAGCGUCUUCUCGAACCCGGCCAGUGUUGACCCGCGCGGGUACAUCGAAGUCCGCUGCUUUCAUUCGCACUCCUGCGAACGCUGUCCGGUUAACAUGUGCAAGCAGAAAGUGUUGACUGAUUUUCGAGACAAGCAAGCGGACACUGGUGUCCAUUACCACACUGUGUGUUACGUAGGAGAUGGAAGCAAUGAUUUCUGUCCGGUUAAGGUUUUAAAUGAAGGGGAUAUCGCAAUGCCACGUAAAGGGUACAGCCUUGAAAAACUUCUGGCCAAAAGCAGGAGUGAAAGUAACGGUCCUAAGGUGCAGGUGAUACCUUGGAGCAGCGGGACUGAAAUACUAAACCAGCUGAAACUCAUCCAGAAACAGGCUGAACUAUUUUAAAACAUUAAAACUCAAGGGCUGCUAGAAAUUUCUUGGUGUUAGAGCCAUUAAAAAUAGCCUCAAGAUACAGUCAGAAGAAUACGAUCUAAAAUGUUUACAUUUAUUCAUAUGUAGGAUGUUUUUAUCUGAGAAGCGGAUUAGUCACUGCUCUUACAAUUCUCCAGUUUAAAGGAAACCUGUAGCGUGAAACACUUAAAAUAUGUUUGGAGUAAAAUAUCUGAUUGAUUUGUUGCUCGAUGCUUGAUUUUGUCACAGAGGGAUAUUGUUAUUGCAAGCGCAGUUACUAUUAGAGUUUGAUAGUAAGCACUUAUUUUUCUCACUCACCGUUUUUCCACGUCACAUGAAGGAGAAAUCCGGCGUAAAUGUAGCGGAGAUGUUGGUGCAAAUGCAGGACUCGAAGUCCCAGAAUGCAAUGCAGCUACAUGUCAUGGUUGUGCUCAGAGAUGAUGGUGGUAUUAGUGUGAAAUAUUGAACCUUUGGAAGAUGAUCUGUUUGAACAGAUGAAGUGGUGAGAGAGCUGGACAGACUGAAGUACUAAAGCGCCGCUGCAUCAUUGUCUUUAAAACGGCAUUGUGGGUAAUGCAGGAAACUGUUAACGCACAAGCUGAUUAGGAUGUCUGCUGUAGGUAUGUAGCUUCUCUCAGGGCUUCUUAAAUGAUUUUAUCCAGGAAUAUAAAGUGUAUGGGUUAUAAAAUGGUAAUAAUAAAAGGAAUGAACUCGUCCUGUCCUCAUCCUA